AGAGUUAGACCUCUUGUCGCUCUUCCUUCUUUGGCUGCUCCGGCCACAACACAAGGUGGGGCACAAAAAGUCGGCUGCUCGUCCAACUUGAUUUUCUAUCACUGCGCUGUAUGGCGGGUAACUUUGCAAGCAAGUGAAAGAAGUACUAACAGGUGUCGCUGUGAGGUGUCAUGGCCUCGAGCAAAAACAAGAACCAGACGUCUCUGGCGCUCCACAAGGUGAUCAUGGUGGGCAGCGGCGGUGUUGGGAAAUCCGCCCUCACGCUGCAGUUCAUGUAUGACGAGUUUGUGGAAGAUUAUGAGCCCACCAAGGCCGACAGCUACAGGAAGAAGGUGGUCCUAGACGGAGAGGAUGUCCAGAUUGACAUUCUGGACACGGCGGGGCAGGAGGACUACGCCGCAAUCAGGGACAACUACUUCCGCAGCGGAGAGGGAUUCCUGCUGGUUUUUUCCAUCACCGAAUACGAGUCCUUUGUGUCCACAGCAGAGUUAAGGGAACAGAUUCUGCGCGUGAAGGAAGAGGAAAGCAUUCCCAUGCUGCUGGUGGGGAAUAAGUCGGACCUGGAGGAGCGGCGAAAAGUCACUGUUGAGGAGGUGAUGGAAAAGGUCAACGAGUGGCGCGUUCAGUAUGUGGAGACUUCAGCUAAGACAAGAGCCAACGUGGAUAAGGUGUUCUUCGACUUGAUGCGUGAGGUGCGCAUGAAGAAAAUGGCCGAGGGCAUGGACAAAAAUGGGCCAAGUGGAAAGAAGAAGAAAAAGCGCUGCUGCAUUCUUUAACGCGCUACAGAGCAGGCCGAGAACACAAAUGCUGCUGACGGACGACAAUCACCCAGAGAGCUCUUCUCAAUCAGGGCCUAAAACGUGGCCACUUUUUGUCAUCCGAACACAGGUUGUGCUAAAACAGUCCAAAGUGUCAAUUUACCUGCGUGUGGACAUUUGCUUGCUUGGUUUACGCUCCGUUUCACACCUUUUGAUCAUGAACGUAUUUGACAUUCUCCCCACGCUUCAGCGGUCACCUUCUAAACAUGACAUAGAUCACGCCGGGAUCAAUCUAUGUGUUCACUACAGACACAACAUGGGAAAAAAAAAAACACGAUUUGAUAAUAAAAGAACCUCACUUGUGUUUUGUA